CUCCGUCGCGUUGAUCAAGCACUGUGUUCAUUAUACUAUCGACGUGUUCGGUCGCCAUCUAGCGGAUUGCCAUUGCCAUCGAGUUCACAGACUGUCAUCCAGGCGGGAUCUGCUCGCAACACAUUUGUUACAGCGACAAAUCCGGAGACCGAAGCAUCGUCAUCCCUCCCGCGCUCAAUGGAGGCGACAGCAGUGGGACCAUCUACUUUGGUUAUCUCUUCCGAAACCCCUUUCAAGAUGUGAACACGACAACAUCAACGUUUCCGAGGAAUAUUAUCGCGUUCGGGAGGAUGAUCGACAAAGCUGUGGAUCAAGUCACUGUCCUCGCCUGUGUGCCAUAUGUUGUAUCGCUCGUCACGAACGCCACCUUCACGCUUCCCGAUCUGCGAAUCGACGCCAAUCGCUGACCACUGCCCUACAAGGAGACGGCUGUAGUAUACAUAUUUGACGCGUGUCGCCGCAAUGGUACCUUUUGCAUGGCUUCCGAUCCGCUUGCGGGAAUUGCUGAAGCUGCAAAUAUGACGCAACUUCAAAACACCAGCACGACCGAACACACCAACUUCGAUGGCUUCUUCUCAGCCCUCGUCUACGGAACCAGGGGCAUCCCUGCCUCGCGACUCAGCGGGACCGAAAACGCCGCCCGCCUCCAGAGCGCCGUCGAGCAUCUCUGGGGCACCGUGAUGACUCAAUACCUCAACACACUCCGGACCGACGACGUCCCAUCGGAUACGCCGAGAGUCCUCGGCUCGACCACCAUCCCUCAGGAGUGCCUGAAGCAGAGCGAAACUUCGACGCGCAUUCUACAAGGCUUGCUCGGGCUGAUCCCGCUGUGCAUGCUUGCGUCGUUUCCGUUCCUGACGAUGCGGAAGCUGCUGCCGCAGAACCCCAGCAGUAUCGCCGCCGUGGCGAGCCUCGUCGCGGGGUCCGAGCUGCUCGCGAUGCUGCCCCCGGAUGCGUGGAGACGGUCUGAGAUGGAGUUGGAAGCGGAAGUCUUGGAGGGUUAUUUGUUCAGUCUGGGAUGGUGGAAGGAUGAUGGGGAUGUGGUCGGGAUGUCGAGAAGGCAGGCUGAGGUUUUGACCGUCCUCUCGGACUACAAUAUUAGGUGUUGAUUAUGGGAUGAUUCAAGUGCCUGGAUUCUAGUCCGCGAGCGCCGACUAAUAAUUCCUCUGCUUCCGGAUCGAGCACCGUCUGUUUUAGCUCUCUGCAGAGGAGUCAUGUUCCAUCUUCCCAAGGCUGUUAAGUGCUGCACGAGCCCUGACGCCAUCGCAUGUUGUCGGAAGGUUGGUUGCAGCCUAAGGCGAACCCUGACCCCAGUCUUGUUCACGGGUGCCACUGCUCAUAUCAGUGGGUACACUGUGUCCACGUCGCUU